AUGGCUUCAAGGGGAAUAAUGAGUGUGAUUGCUAUGUGCCUACAUAAUUACAACAAACAAGUGACUAGAUACGACCAAAUGAGUAACGACCGUCACAAGGAGACAAACCACGAAGCCCGUAAAGAAACCCCAAGCUCCUCCUUUCCGUCCGCAUCCUCAGCAGCACUAAGCGCUACUGCUAGCAGAAGCGGCGCGCAUCGGACCAAUCGCCGCAGCCCUGCGAGCCCUUCCAGUUUGGAUGAUCCUGUGAGCCUGUCUGAGGUGGUCGCUUAG